AUGCUGCCAGUAAACUUUGACAUGGAUCUCCUCCCGCCAUCUCAGCCUUGUCCUCCUCCCAACGCAUCUCCGGCAAUCCUCCCUGACGAGCUUAUCGCAGAAGUGCUUUCCUUCCUUCCGGUCAAAUCUCUCAUGCAACUAAGAUCUGUGUGUAAGUCCUGGAAAUCCAUCGUCGAAGAUCCUACUUUCGUCAAAUUUCACCUUUAUCGAUCUUCACAAAAACCCGACCUCGCAUUUGUAACUUCCAUCUAUGCAACCGAGGCCCUAACAUUCACCAUUUGUCGCUUGUUUGAGAACCCUUCGGACGUUAUUAACCUUCCAAACAAUGAUUCUUACUAUCAACUUAAAGACAAGGGCUGCCUCGGUAUUGUUGGUUCGUGCAAUGGAUUGCUUUGCUUGCUUGGUGGUAUUAGCUUUGAUGGUUCAUGUUAUUAUAAAGAUAUGUUUUUACGAUUUUGGAACCCGGCCACAAAGACACUAUCAGACAAAUUAGGGUGUCUUGGUGAUGGUGAUAGCGACAUAAGUUUGUUUAAUUUCCACAGGUUAAAGUUUGCUUUCGGUUAUGAUAAUUCAAGCAACACUUAUAAAGCGGUGUAUUUCAUUCUAGAUACAACAAUCGUAAGAGUUUUCAGUAUAGGCAAUAAUGUUUGGAGAAGCAUUCAAAAUUCUCCUGUGGCUAGUCGUCAUUACUCGGCUGUUGUCCAUCUGAGUGGCAGUGUUAUUUUGGUGGCAAUUCGUAAUUACACCACUAAAUAUUAUGAUUGCAAAGAUAUUACAAUCAAGCAAUUUGUGAUUAUUUCACUUGAUUUUGGCACUGAGAAAUAUACUCAGUUGCGACCUCCUCAAGGAUUUGAUCAGGUGCCAUUUCUUAUGCCAAAUCUAAGCGUGUUAGAGGAUUGUCUUUGUUUUUCUCAUGAUUUUGAACAAACUCAUUUUGUUAUAUGGCAAAUGAAGGAAUUUGGAGUGGAAGAGUCUUGGACUCAAUUUCUUAGAAUUAGUUAUCAUAAUCUUCAAAUAGAUAUAGACUCAAUUUCUCCAAACAUGUCCUCGCAUUGGUUGCCAUUAUGUGUUUCGAAGAAGAGUGGUACACUACUAUUGACUAACCAUGAUGAACUUGAAGCAAUUCUGUUUAAUUUGAGAGAUAAGAGAGUAGAGAGAAUCAAUGGACAUUGGCUGUCCAAUGGCAAAGAGUAUGUUGAAAGCUUGGUUUUGUAUUGUUGA